GCAUCCUACUACUGCAACAAGCUGGGGUUCGAGGAGCUGGCGUACCGGGGGCUGGAGACCGGCAGCAGGGAGGUGGUCUCACAUGUCAUCAAGCAGGACAAGGUGAGGGUGCUGACCCUUGCAGAGGUGCCGCUGUCAGACUGGAGGUCCGAGAUGGGGGAGCACCUGGUGAAGCACGGGGACGGGGUGAAGGACAUUGCCUUCGAGGUGGAGGACUGUGACUUCAUCGUGCAGAAAGCCAAGGAGCGCGGAGCCGUGGUGGUGAAGGAGCCCUGGGUGGAGGAGGACAAAUUUGGGAAGGUGAAGUUCGCGGUGAUCCAGACGUAUGGUGACACCACCCACACCUUGAUAGAAAAGUCCAACUACAAGGGCCUCUUCCUACCCGGGUACCACCCACCCCUCUUUAAGGACCCCCUGCUGCCCAAGCUGCCGAGCGCCAAGCUCAACUUCAUCGACCAUGUCGUGGGGAACCAGCCCGACCUCCAGAUGGUCCCAGUGGCAGACUGGUACCAGAAGAACCUGCUCUUCCACCGCUUCUGGUCGGUGGACGACAAGCAGCUGCACACCGAGUUCAGCGCCCUGCGCUCCAUCGUGGUCACCAACUACGAAGAGACCAUUAAGAUGCCCAUCAAUGAGCCAGCACCUGGCAAGAAGAAAUCCCAGAUUCAGGAAUAUGUCGAUUACUACGGGGGGGCCGGGGUGCAG